UUCCUCGCUCUUACAAGGGAAACGAAUUCCCCCAAAAAAAAUCCCCAAACCCUAACCCUAAAAAUUCACCCAUUUCCAAAUUCGUUGUAAAUUUCCGAUUUGAGUUAGUUUUUUUCGCGGGAGAUAAUUCGCGGUGGCGCGUGGAGUCAGUAGAGCUGCGCGUGGUCUCCACGCAGAGAGUAAUUGAUGUUUCUUUGGUUGCCAAUUUUGACAAAUCUUAGCCGGGAGACGGCCGGAAUUUCGAGAUUGCCGGCGGAAUUUCAUGGCGUCAGCUGUUCUAGCUAAUCGAAACGAACCCAGUUGGUCCCAGCCACAGCCACGCGGUGUUGGUGCUAAAUUCAUGGGCAAGGUUCCCUUUUCAAACCCUAACCCUAACUCUAAAUUCUCCAAGAAACGGCAAUUUCAACCGGCGGCUCCUGCUCUGAACUUUGAUAUACCUCCGGCAGCUGCGGUGGAUGAUGCUUCGUCGAUAAAUCGGAGACCGGGAGCUGUUUCCGGUAGCGAAUUUAACUCUGGUGGUUAUGUUACGUUCAAUAUUGGUUCUUGUACGAAAAAGCAACUUUUAGAGCUGAAGAAUCAAUUAGUAGCGGAGCUAGAUCAGAUCCGGCAGUUGAAAAACCGGAUCAAUUCAUCUCAGUCUGCACAGAUCAGAUCCACAUCAAAUUUCAACAAGAAACAACCGAAAAAGGGUAUUCUCGGCAACAAACGGCCGCUUUCUGGAGUGUCGAAUUACGGAGGGUUUGUCGCGAAAGAUGUGAAAAGAUCGAAUCUAUAUAAUCACCCUGAGAAUGUGCAAUUGAUGAAGAAAUGUGGGCAGAUUUUGAGUAAAUUGAUGAAGCCGAAAUUUGGGUAUAUUUUCAAUUCCCCUGUUGAUGUUCAGGGGUUAAAUCUUCACGAUUAUUUUGAUAUAAUCAAGCAUCCGAUGGAUUUGGGUACUGUUAAGAAGAAAAUGGCUGAGAAUGCAUAUGAUUCGCCUGUCGAUUUUGCUGCUGAUGUUAGAUUGACGUUUAGCAAUGCUAUGAAGUAUAACCCUAAAGGACAUGAUGUUUAUACUUAUGCUGAGCAGUUGUUAUUGAGAUUCGAGGAAUUGUUUCGACCGAUUAGAGAUAGAUUGGGCGAUCUUUAUGAAGAUCAAGAUCAAGAUCAUGUGUAUGAUGAUCGUGAUCAUGAAAUUGAGAUUGAGCAUGAGCAGGUUCAUGAAGUACAAGCUAGUUCGUGGGAUCAUCAUAACUUGAAUCGCAGCGGUCUUGGAAGUGAUGGAGGAGGUAGCGGUGGGGAGAUUGAAAGGAUUAAGCAAGAUCCUGAAAAUGUGACUCACAUGAUGGCCAACUCUGAGCAGGCAUUUGUAAAACCAAUUCCCCCAAGUGCAUUGCCUAGUAAUCCUCAAUCAACAUCGCAAUUGCCCGUCAGGACUCCAUCGCCAUUGCGAGCGCCUCCGGUGAAGCAUUUGAAGCAGCCAAAGCCUAAAGCUAGAGAUCCUAAUAAGAGGGAGAUGACUCUUGAGGAGAAACAUAAGUUGGGACUUGGAUUGCAGAGUUUGCCUCAAGAGAAGAUGGAUCAAGUGGUGCAGAUCAUAAAGAGAAGGAAUGAGCAUUUGCGGCAGGACGGGGAUGAGAUCGAGCUAGAUAUUGAAGCUGUCGAUAAGGAGACACUUUGGGAUCUUGAUCGGUUUGUGACUAACUAUAAGAAAAUGGCUAGCAAAAUGAAGCGCCAGCAAUUAAUGGGCAUUCCGCUUCCUGGUGCCGCUGUUAAUGAUGACAAUAAGGAUCUUUCUGGAAACGAAAGAGUUGAUAUUACAAUGGAGGCAAAGAAGCCGAAGAAAGGGGAUGUUGGUGAUGAGGAUGUGGACAUUGGUGACGAGAUGCCAAUGAGCAGUUUCCCACCAGUGGAAAUUGAGAAGGACAAUGGUCACGCUAGUAGUAGUUCUAGUAGCUCCAGUAGUUCAAGUGAUGGAUCCUCCUCAUCGAGCGAUUCUGAUUCAGGAAGCUCAUCAGGGAGUGAUUCUGAGGAUGCACAAUCGUAGGAGAGACAUCAAAGUCGAAUUUGUUUUAAACAAGUUUCGCAAUUAACUUGAAUAUGGCAACAGACGCAGAGGUACUGCAUUUUGUUGUUGCUUUUGGGGGGAAGAAAAAAAGACCCAAUUUCUUGAGAUUAGCAAAUAGCAGCUUGCAAACAUGUUUUGUACAGGGAGAGAGGGUUCUCAAUUUGUUGUUGGUUGUUGGAGAAGAAAUCCAUGGAAUUGGUGGUCAAAAGAUGAACUCUUGGAAGGAAAAAAAGUAAUUGCUUGUGUAAAAAGAUGAUCAAAAUUGUAGUUAGGUUUAGGAUAUGUGGUGAAAAGUUUAGGAUAUGGUUUAGGGCUUUUAGAGAAGAGAGAAAUUUAGAUUUGAUGAAAUUACUUUGUACACAUUACAAUGCCUUAAUACAAGCUUUUUAGCAUCAUCAUCUUCAUCUUGGGUUUUCUCUUUUGGUUGGUAUAAUUGGCUGUUAUGGAAGUGGGGGGGAAUAUUAUGUACCUACUAGCACUCAAGAUGUUGAGCAUGGCUAUUGCACAAGAAAAGGGUCCCAAAAAAGUGAAAGCAAAUUCUUCAAUCCUUGCCUUGGCAGACAAGAUAUGCAUCUUCAUCAAUUCUAGUGGAUACAUUUAUGAAGUUAACUGAAUUAACAGAAUUAAUCAAACUGUUCGAUUUGCAUUAUGGAAAAUGUGCGAUAUCUAGUUUGAACGUCGAUUGAACAAUCCGUAUGUGAUCCAUGGAUUUUCCAUCGGCCCUCUCCGGACUCUCCAACUGAUUCUACCAUAGAGGCCAACAGAUAAAGCAAACCCCUUGCUAAGUCUGUCAUCGAUCCCACGAGCUUCUUACUAAUUCAAUCACGAUGUCAAAGUUUGCAAAGACUAGUCAGAGUUUGAUGUACUCCCACAUAAAAUGCGUCCCAAGUGAAAUACUUAUCAGUAUUCAUCAAAACUGUUCUCUACCCACUCCUACUCGAAGCAAAGAUUAUAGGAUAUUUGUGUACUAUUUUGUUUGUUUUGAACAUAGAAUUUGUAUCUACAAUGAGGGACCAAGUAUUUUUGUAAA